UUUAUUCCUCAUCCCAUAGCUCCCACAAAGACAAUCUUUGUAGUCUUUUCCUAAGGGUUGCUUGUUCCAUAGCUCCAAGAGGUCACAGGUUACAGAGGAAUCCAAAGAAACAGGAAAUGGAGCUUCCCCGCUCCACUUUCAAAUGCUAAAAACCUGUUUCCUUUCUGCACCACAAACAAAAUUCCCCAGAUGGGCCAUUCUCUGCAGGUUCAUUGUGAAAGCAACAACUUGAAGGGGAAGAGGCAGGAGAAGCCAGCUACAAAAACUUACUGAGGGACUCUGUGAAAUUCAAACAAGCCGAGAGAAUGAAGGAGGUAUUCUUGAUCUUGGUUUUAUUGUGCCUAAAAUGGAGCAGCACAGGGGCCAAUUCAACUGGCAUGGCCCUUAUCACAUCUGUGGAUAGUGAAAUGGAAACAAGUCGCCCUGACUUGACUUUGACCAAAAUAAAGGAAUUCGUAUUGACAACACCCUUGCCUCCUGCCACAGAGAAGUCGACUGUUUUACAAAACACAACUCAGGUGGUGGAUGAGAAACAUGGUUCUCCUUUGCUCGUGGAAGAAAUCCAAAGAUUGCAAAUGCCAGAAGCAACACUGCAGAAGACAUCAUUAAAUCGUACAAAUCCUAAUGGAGGCAACAUUAACAGUGAUUCUUCAAAUGGAAAAUCAUCAGUUUUAUCUAAUAGCACAAAAAUUCAAGCACAAAUCAUCCCUAGAAAAGGUCCUCUUGAAAGGGACGUUUUGAAAGGAGCAACGGUGAGCAGAUCUUCUAGACAAUCAGGUUACAACAGCAUCAGCAGCAAGUCCAAUGCGGACUUGAAAAAACCUAGCUUUGAAACCACCCGAGGAAAGAACUGGUGUGCCUAUGUUCACACAAGACUCCAGCCCACCAUCGUAGUUGACAAUGUACAAAGCUAUGCAUCAGGCAGAUCCAAGCAAUGCAGUUGGAUAACAGGACCUUGUGGAUCAAGCUCCCAGUCAAGGACUCAACAAGCUUACCGGAUCAAACAUAUGAUAGUGACAUCACUGGAAUGGAAGUGCUGUCCUGGAUAUAGCGGUGGAACGUGCCAGCCCAAAGCUCAACAGGAUCAAUUGCCUACGCAUAACAACCAGGUGGAGAGCAACGCAGCUGUCAAUGGAGGGGCACCAGGAAACCCACCGCAGCAACGGGAACAGCAGGAUCCCAGCGACCCAGCAGUUGCACAAAAAAUGAAUGAACAGAUUAGCAGCCAGGAGAUGAAACUGACUUUACUACAGAAGAAGGUUGACAACAUUUCGGUCGUCAUGAGCGAUGUGAGCAAGACACUCUCCUCUCUGGAAGGCAAAAUCAAUGAAGAUAAGGGCAGAGACUUCCAGGCUUUUCUGAAAGGUCUCAAAUCCAAAAGCAUUACUGAACUAGUCCAAGAAAUUGUAAAAGAACAGUUUAAAUUCCAUCAAAAUGACAUGCAAGAAACAGUGGCCCAGAUUUUCAAGAUUGUUUCUGGUCUGUCUGACGAUAUUGAAAACACUAAAGAGCUGAUCAAGAGUUUGAAUGUUUCUCAGCAGAAAAUUGUCACAGACAUAGCACAUAGGCCUACGAGGGUAGAAAUCCAAGAGAUAAGGAGUGAGAUCCUACAUAUUGAACAAGACAUCAGCUUUACAUGUGACAAGCCAAUCAAAGUCUUGCAGGAAAAGCAGAGGUCUAUGGAAGUCGCCUUGGAGCAUCAAAGUUCAAAGAGCAAUCUUUAUUAUGAAUCUCUGAACAAAAGUCUAACUCAAAUGAAAGAAGUGCAUGAACAACUCUUAUCAGCUGAACAGAGGUCAGACCAAAACAUCCCCACAGCAGGUAAAUCAGUGAGUGAUAACCUCACAGAUUACAUGAUCAGUUUACAUGAGAAAGUGAAAAAGCAGAGUCUGAUGGUUCUACAGCUGCAUGAUGACCUCAGAGUCCAAGACAGCAAAAUUAGCAACCUCACAGUAACAUUAGAGAUUCAGAAAGACACAUUGGAAAAGGAAUGCAAUGGUAUGUUGUCCAAAUGCAGGAGGGAUUUUGAAAUGCAACUGAAGGGCACGGAAGAGAAUAUGCAUUUUUUAAAUAAAACACUGGAGAAUCUCGUGUUUCUCUUGGAUGAGAAAAUUGACAAAAUGAAUGAACAAAUUAAUGACCUCUGUUAUGAUAUGGAGAUUCUCCAACCUUUGAUUGAGCAGGGGGUUCCUUUCAGCUCUAACUCAGAGGAUGAGCAGCAGAUUGAAACAGAAGCUAUAAAAAGAAAGCUGGAAAACAUAACUAGUAUUGUGACAGGACUAAAUUCGACCAUUCAAGAACUCACUAAAAAUCAGAAGCAGUUUAAAACUGAUGCUCAGGCUCACAAUGAAAUCUCGGAAAGACAAAUUAAUGAAUGUUUCGUUUUAGUUGAGGAUGGCAUAAAUAAAACGUUGAUGGUAAUAAAUGAUGCCAUUGAUUCAAUCCGGGAUAACUAUGUCCUAAAAGAAACACUGAGUACUUUUAGAAAUGAGACAGAAGCCUGCUGCAGUUGGGUUGAGACAGUGGAAAGUGUAUCAGCAUUGGUACCUCAAUUCCGACAGAUGAAUGAAUCCCUUCAGAUACUAAUCAAUGGAAACCACAAACCUGACUUUACUUCAAAAAUAAUUAGAAACCCUUCAGAGGCUUCACCUGAUGAAAACAUCAUUCCUCAUGCCAGCCCAGCUCACCAUGAUCAAAGCAAAAUAUCAUUAACUUUGCAAGGGCAUCAACAAGAAAUAGGGCACCUUGAUGAGAAACAAGUGCAUCCCAUGCAGGAACACAAGGAUUACGAAGUUCGCCUGCAGGUAGUGGAGGCAAAAAUAAACAAGUUUUUGGCAAACAAUUGUGUCUCGGUAAGAAAUGUCAAAGCUGCUGCAACAGAAAAUGAGAAAGUAGUCUCAGGACAGCUUCAGAUGUUGAGUUCAAGAAUCAGGGCACUUGAAGCCAAAUCCAUACGGUUGUCUCUGAGCAUGCCUCUGUUAAAUAAGACUGCCUAUGAAGCUUGGGGCUUGUGUAAGGAUGUCUCUGGAAGCAUUCAAGCCUUGAAUGCCAGCAUUCCCAGAAUGAUGAAACUUGCUCAUCCAGAUACUUUGCUGUUUCAGAAAGGCAUAGAAGAACUUACUGAAUCUAUGCUGGAGGUCAAAGCUGGAGUGAUCCUGUCCAAUCUGACUUGGUAUGUAGACAGGUCCCUAGCUGAUGUAGCAGACAGAAUUACCAAACGUCUGAAGGCAGUUCCUGCAGUUUCUAAGAAACCACCACCAGCAAAAAAGAUGCCAGUGAACACUACUGCAAACCAAGCUGGACGGAGUCAGAGAAACACAGAUAAUACUCUAGAAACAGGUGACUAUCUGAGCUGCAGUAGCUCUCCAUGCAAUAAUGGGGGGACCUGUGUCAAUGAAAGGAGGGGCUUUGUCUGUGCUUGCCGCUAUCCCUUUGGUGGAGUCAAUUGUAGCACAAAGAUGACGGAGGAAAAUGCUCCAGCCAUAGAUUUUUCAAAAGGUUCUUACCGGUAUGCACCAAUGGUAGCCUUUUUUGCUUCACACACCUAUGGGAUGAAUACUCCAGGUCCUAUUCGGUUCAACAAUCUGGAUGUCAACUAUGGGUCCUCCUAUGUCCCAGCAAAUGGAAGAUUCCGUGUGCCAUAUCUUGGUGUUUAUGUCUUUGAAUACACCGUUGAAUCAAGUAGCCCACUCCUCUCAGGAUAUUUGGUGGUUGAUGGAAUAGAUAAGCUGGCUUUCCGUUCUGAAAAUGCAAACGAUAACAAGUAUGUUGAGAGGGUCAUUACUGGUGAUGCCUUACUGGAAUUGAACUAUGGACAAGAAGUUUGGCUCAGGCUGGCAACAGGUUCUAUCCCAGCCAAAUAUCCACCCAUAACUACAUUUACUGGUUAUUUAUUGUACCGUACAUAAACCAGUUACAUGCAAAAGCUUAUAUUCUGUGAAGGAAACACUUUGUUUCUUCUUUGCUUGAAUCUUGUUCCAUGCAGUGAAAUGAAUCACAUUUAAGGUUACCACCUUUCUUUUGUAGGUCUCUUGUAUAUUUGACUUGUGUAAAAGAAAGAAAUUAGAUGUAAAAAUCUUUCCUAUCUCUCUUUCCACGUAGGAAAAAAAGAUUUGACUUAAAUCAUAUUGUUAGUCCAACUAAAAUAGAUCAAUUGGAUUUACUAAUGGAUCUCCUCUUGCUGGGUCUAAUCCAAAGGAUUAUGGCAUAUAUUGGUUGCAUUUCCACCCAUCAAUCAGUUUCUUUAUUUUUCAUUGCAACUUCUUUCUCAGAAUCCCCAGCAGAAAACAAGUGGCAACUGUAAUCUCAUUAGAUUAUUAUCUGAAAUCCCUCCCAUGUGUGCUAUCCCAAUUUACCUUGUAUUUGGUCAGUUUGUAAAUAGCUCUCCCAGGCAACUUGUUAUAAAAAUGUUUUCUAUAUACUGCUAUACUCAGCUAUUUGUUGCUAUACUCAGAUACAAAAUUGGGACUUGGCUCAGAAAACUAAGAAUUAAGGGGCAACAUCACAUCCUCCACUCAUUUAUGUUUGAUUUCAGACUCACAACUGAGCUUACUGUUUUCACACAAAAAUGCACUCCUAGAAAUGUCUUCUUUUCUUCCCCCCUCCUUAUCCUUCCUUGUCUCUUCUACCACCAAAGCAUGUGUCAAUCUACUGAAAAUCCCAAAUUCUAUUACUGGCUUCUGAUCCACCUUUUGUCCUGUUUCCAUCUGCUUUAUAAACUAGUCAGAUAACAAUUGCCUCCAUUUUGGAAACAACUCCUGCAAAAGUGUAUCAAGUUUUAUCAAUCCAAUGGGAUUGAUGGGUAUAGUCUGUCUUGUACAGAAUACUCAAUAUUAAAACCUCCAUUCUUAUUUGCUUGUAUUAUAUUCUGUAAUUAGUAAGACACUUUACUGUGAAAAAUCUCUGUUUAAAUCAUAGAAUUCUAGAAGGCAUGACCUCUCAAUGAUGGUGUAUAUCCUUUUAAAAACCCACAAAUUGACCAACACUCAUUUAACAGAGUAAUAAAUUCAUCCAAUUGUUGGAGCAAAGGUGAUAUAUUGAAGAGAGAAGAAAUAUCAGCAGACUGGAGGAGGGUAAAUGUUGUCCCUGUCUUCAAGAAGGGAAAAUAGAAGACCCAAAUAAUUGCUAUGCAGUCAGCCUGACAUCAAUACCUGGAAAGAUUCUGGAGGAGAUCAUUCAGGAGGCAGUCUGCAAUCAUUUAGAAAAGAAUGCUGUGAUUACUAAAAGACAACAUGGUUUCUUCAAAAACAAGUCAUGCCAGACUAAUCAGCUCUUUUUUUCGAUAGAGUUACAAGCUUGGUAGAUGCAGGGAAUGUUGUGGAUGUAGCAUAGUCUGAAUUCAGUAAGGCCUUUGACAAGAUCUCCCAUGAUCUUCUUGCAAACAAACUAGUAAAACGUGGGCUAUAUAAUACUACUGUUAGGUGGAUUUGUAAUUGGUUAAGCGACCGAACACAAAGGGUUCUAAGUAAUGGUUCAUCUUCAUCCUGGAAAGAAGUGACUAGUGGAGUGCUGCAGGAUUCUGUCCUAGGCCCAGUGCUGUUCAACAUCUUUAUUAAUGACUUAGAGCAGUGUAGUCCUUUAGUUACCCGAGGGUUAAUCAAAUUUUAGUAUAGGAAUGUGAGGCUUCAAUAUGGCAGUUAUAUGGCCAUUUCUUAAAAACUUAAAGCAGUAAGAAGGUAAACAAUUUUUUUUCCAAAUGUUAAAUUAAAAUAUUUUUCCAGUAAGAAGGGCAAGGGCCAACAAAAAUGAAUUGGUGGGCUGCAUGAGGCCCGCAGACUGUGGAUUGGACCACACUGACUUAGAGGAAGGUUUUUAGGGAAUGAUUAUUAAGUUUGCAGAUGACACCAAAUUAGGAGGGAUAGCUAAUAGUCCAGAAGAUAGGAGCAGAAUCGCAAUGACCUCAACAGAUUAGAGAGCUGAUCCACAACUAACAAAAUGAAUUUAAACAACGAGAAGUAUAAGACACUUCACCUAGGCAGAAAAAUAAAAUAAAAUGUACUGUUAGAGGAUGGGUGACACCUGACUCGACAAUAGUACAUGUGAAAAAAGAUACUAGAGUCUUAGUGUACAGCAAGUUGAACAUGAGCCAACAUACAGCAGCUAAAAAAGCCAAUCAACAGGGGUAUAAUGCCUAGAUCAAAGGAAGUCUUGGUGCCUCUCUAUCCUGCUUUGGUCAGAUCUCACCUGGAAUACUGUGUCCAAAUUUGGAUGCCACAAUUUAAAAGAGAUAUUGACAAGCUGGAAUGUGUCCAGAGGAGGGUGACUAAAAUGAUCAAAGUGCUGGAGGCCAUGAUUCCAUAUGAGGAGCAGUUUCAAGAGCUGGGGAUGUUCAGCCUGCAGAAGUGAAGGUUGAUAAGAGACAUGAUAACCAUGUUUAAAUAUUUGAAAGGGUGUCAUAAGGAAGAAAGAGUAGGCUUCUUUUUCUGCUGUCCUGGAGACUAGGACUUGGAGCAAUGGGUACAAAUUACAGGAAAAGAGAUUCCACUCGAACAUUAAGAACUUCCUGACCACAAGAGCUGUUCAGCUAUGGAACUCUCUGCCUCAGAGGUGGUGAAAACUCCUUACUUGGAGGCUUUUAAACAGAGGCUGGAUGGCCAUCUGUCGGGGGUGCUUUGAAUAUGAUUUUCCUGCACUGCAGGGGGUGGGAUGAAAUGGUCUACAUGGUCUCUUCGAACUAUAUGAUUCUAUCAAGAUACUGAAAGAUGGUCAUUUCUCUUACCUAAAAGAAUUUUGAGAAAAACUAUCCUUACUCCAUUGCCUAAUUCAAAAUUAAUAUAUUGUUUCUGUCACACUAAUCACAAAGGAAAUUUGUGAUAAAAAUCUGAUUAAAAUCCAUAUAUUUAAACUGGGUUUAGUAAAUUAGUCAAUUAAUAGCAUCGGUUAAGGGAUUAAUCAAUUUCACUUCUUAAAGACCAGCUUCAUGGCUGUCUGAUAAAAAUCCACAAUGUUUAAAAUGUCAAACAAAGAGGGUGUAUUUUAGUGUAUAUUCCUAGCCUCUACUGAAAAAUUCAACCCACUUUGCAUUUUUCUUUUUUUAAACCCUGUUUUGUGCUUAUAAAACACAUCACAAAGCCUAAAACUAUAUUUUUCAGCCCCCUUCCUCCAAUAAUGCAGCAUAUCUUUUGGUAACUACUUAAAAUCCUGAUCUUUCACUAACCUAUCCUAGCGUAUCAUUGAAUUUUAUCAAAUAUCUUGCCCACAUGGCUAAGUCCCUCCCCACCCCUUGUAUGACUUUGUCAGUUUAAUAACCUGUUUAGUCCUCUUUAUCCAUGCUAUGGAUAUGGCUAAAUGGCGUGGAAAUUACUCUGCAAAUGAAAUUCAAAUGACCCACCAGAGACUGCAUCUCUCUCUUUAAAUACGACUUUCUUUGCCCUUCCUGCCCUUCCUACUAAAUCCUUCAAGCCAGGUCCUCGAUCUGCAGAGAUGCUAAUUGUUUUCUUCCAAACUCAGAUUUCUGAUAGGGUCUGGUUGUUUCUCUCCCCCCACUACCCCUCUUUACUAAUAAAUUUCAUUUCCACUGGUCUUACUCCAGACAGUACCAACAAGCAUAUAUGUGUUGUUAGGGUGGGGAUGGGGAUUUAUAGUAAGAUGUAUAUACCAAUGGUGUACCAGUAAUAAUAAUUAAACAUUAUACCUGACUUGCCUA